CCACCGCCCCGGCCCCCGCUGACCAUGAACAAGAUGAAGAACUUCAAGCGUCGUCUCUCCCUGUCUGUGCCACGCACCGAGACCAUCGAGGAGUCCUUGGCUGAGUUCACAGAGCAGUUCAACCAGCUCCACAACCGGCGCAAUGAGGACCUGCAGCUUGGGCCUCUUGGCAGAGACCCCCAGCCAGAGUCCAGCACCUUCUCCCCGACGGACAGUGGGGAGGACCCUGGGCAGCUGUCCCCCGGCAUGCAGUACCGGCGGCAAAACCAGCGCCGCUUCUCCAUGGAGGACAUCAGUAAGAGGCUGUCUCUGCCCAUGGACAUCCGCCUACCCCAGGAAUUCCUGCAGAAGCUACAGCUGGAGAGUCCGGACCUGCCCAAGCCGCUCAGCCGCAUGUCCCGCCGAGCAUCCUUGUCAGAUAUCGGCUUUGGAAAACUGGAAACGUAUGUGAAACUGGACAAACUGGGGGAGGGAACCUACGCCACGGUCUUCAAAGGACGCAGCAAGCUGACGGAGAACCUCGUGGCCCUGAAGGAGAUCCGGCUGGAGCACGAGGAGGGGGCACCUUGCACGGCCAUCCGAGAGGUGUCUCUCCUGAGGAACCUAAAGCAUGCCAAUAUUGUGACCCUGCAUGACCUCAUCCACACGGAGCGGUCUCUCACCCUGGUGUUUGAGUACCUGGACAGUGACCUGAAGCAGUAUCUGGACCACUGCGGAAACCUCAUGAGCAUGCACAAUGUCAAGAUUUUCAUGUUCCAGCUGCUCCGGGGCCUUGCCUACUGCCACCGCCGCAAAAUCCUGCACAGAGACCUGAAACCGCAGAACCUGCUCAUUAGCGAGAGGGGAGAGCUGAAGCUGGCUGACUUCGGACUGGCGCGGGCCAAGUCAGUGCCCACGAAGACCUACUCCAAUGAGGUGGUGACCCUGUGGUACAGGCCCCCUGAUGUGCUGCUGGGGUCUACCGAGUACUCCACCCCCAUUGAUAUGUGGGGCGUGGGCUGCAUCCACUACGAGAUGGCCACGGGGAGGCCCCUCUUCCCCGGCUCCACGGUCAAGGAGGAGCUGCACCUCAUCUUCCGACUCCUCGGGACCCCUACGGAAGAGACGUGGCCCGGCGUGAUGGCCCUGUCCGAGUUCAGAGCCUACAACUUCCCGCGGUACCUCCCGCAGCCACUCAUCAGCCAUGCUCCCAGGUUGGACACUGAUGGCAUCCACCUUCUGACCAGCCUCCUCCUGUACGAAUCCAAGAGUCGCCUAGCAGCAGAGGCAGCCCUGAACCACCCCUACUUCCGGUCUCUGGGAGAGCGUGUGCACCAGCUUGAAGACACGGCAUCCAUCUUCUCCCUGAAGGAGAUCCAGCUCCAGAAGGACCCGGGCUAUCGGGGCCUGGCCUUCCAGCAGCCAGGCCGAGGGAAGAGCCGGCGGCAGAGCAUCUUCUGAGCCGGGCCCACCCUGCUGCGGCCCCAGGACGAGAGACGAGAGUUCUCCGAGAGCACGACGACGGACAGGAGGGGGCCUGCAUGGCCCUGGGAGGACUGAGGAACAAGGGCUAAUGGCCGGCCCAGAAGACUUCUUGGCAGCCCUGCUGGCCACGGCUGUUUCCUCUUCCUGCUUCCCACAUGCCUCCCCUGUGGCCUUCUCCUCGACACCCACCCCUCUGUCUCUGGCCCCGGAGCUGGGCCUGAGCUGCUUUCCUGGGAGGAGAUGAGGGGCAGGGAGGGACCACCGACCCUUUCCCACCCCGAGGUGCUUGGGCACCAGUGUGGGACCCACAUGGACGGGAGAAUCCGGGUGCCCGGCUGAGCAGGGUGCACUGAAUGUGGGUUCUACCAUAGCUCCCGCCAGGGGCUGCCUGGCACACGUCACUGUCUUUCUUCCCCUCUGAGAGCAGGAAGCGCAGGGCACUUGUCUGGGACUCUGGAAUCCUGGGUGCUGUUGUGGGCGCCAAAACCCAGCCUCUACCUGGAGGGCAGGUGUCUCCAGAGCAGCCCAGCCCUUCUCUACAUCCUCAGCCUGUCCCCAUUCCCUCUCCCGGCCAGAGGCCCCAUA